AUGGAACAGUCUGUUGUUGUAAGCAGGUCACAUAUCGUACGCCAGGGUACGUUUGACACAGACUCGUCUAAAACCCUUCGCUCCAAAAGUGGGGCUAUAAAGAAGGGUUCGAUUUCUCUUCCGGUAAUAGAUGAUAAAUCUAUUGGAAUAUCACAAGUAGAAUAUAAAGGAGAAUCUGUUGAGUUAGUGAAAAAGCGAAAAAAGACUUCCGAGAAGUCAAAUGUAAAGACAAGAGAUCCCCAUCAAGGUGAAUAUAAAAGGGAGAUAAAUUCGCCUCGUGGGACGAUUGGCAAAUCCAAAGUCCGGGAACAGACAAAGCACGAAAACGAGCACCAGAGUGUUGAUGACAACAUUACACACACCGAAAAUAGAGAGAAACAAUUAAAGACAUCUUCAAAAAAGUCAUUAAAACAAUCUAACUCUGUUACAGCUGAAGUUAGUGAUACAGCAGAAAGAGAGAAAUAUAAGAAACCUCAAAACAAAAAUGUUCAAAACAACGAUAAAAGUAGCGAUAUAGAGCGAAGCAGUGUUGUGUCUAAACCAAAUUCUAAAGUAAAAGAGCCGGUAGAGAAUCACAGCACAGGUGAACAAAACGGACAAUCGCCCCACUUUAAACGCGAUUCUGCUAUACCAGACAAAAGUCGAACAUCAAGAAAUAUUGUGUCUUUAGACAAAAAUAAUCCUGUGGAAAAUGGUGACUCUAAAAGGAAAAGUAAAUCUGAUAAAAGAUCCAACACGUCACCACAAACAGAAGAAACCAACAUCAGGAUAAUUGGACAUAUAGAAGCUCAGAAGGACAGCCGAUCAUCGGAAAGUAAGAAAGGACUUACAACAGCGUCUCCGAAAGAGGUCGUUCAGAACGAUAGAUCUCCUGUGAAAUCAGAAAAAGGUGAUACCAAGGACCCCCUAAAAGGAAGUAAAAAUCAAUCUAAAGACUUUACGAAAAGUCCCGUCGAAGGAACUAAGUAUAUUGACAGUAACUCACACGAAAGUGCUGACAUAAAGGUGAACUACCGAGAAAACAAGACUGGUCUCCAGGAAUCGGAGGAUAGUUUUUCGAAACGGCAAAACGUCAAACCAACGAAAAAACGUUUUACCAAAGCUUCGGACGUAGUCGAGGAUACAGCAGUGACGCACGCGAGAAUUGGGGAAUCCCCACAACCAAAUACCGAUAAAAACCAAACUAACAAUCUGGAUCCUUCAGUAGCAUUAGGCGGGGUCGUGAACAAACCACCCCAAAGUACAUCAUUAGAGACAAGACGUGGAGAUACUACCAAAGAAGGCCUGUUGAACCAGUCACACAUCAAUCGAAAAAUUUAG